AUGAGCUUGAACAAGUUAAAGGUAGAGUCGCAGGACAACGGGAGCGGCAGGAAGGACAGCCAGUGCUACUUCUGCAAUGAAACGUUCGAAAUGGGGAAACUGCAGAAUCAUUUGAAGCAGUGUGGCAGCAUCUUGGAGCAAUGCCCGCUGCGCUGCGGAGCGUGGAUACAGCGCAAGCAUAAAGACACGCACGUCAAUGAGUGUCCACAAAUGGAGAAGGCCAGGAAUUCAUCAUCAACCACUCACGCCAGGCUGUCCGACCCCGCACCGCCAGUAGUUCCAGCUAGUAAACAUACCUGGUCGCCGAAGUCCGUGCCUCUAGAAGACUGCGUCACAUAUCUUGAGAAGGAGUUAGCUACUGUCAAGUUAACCCUAACCGAAGAGUCCAGCUAUCGCGAUGUUCAAUCCACGGAACUUGAAAAUCUCCGUACGAAGUUAGUCCUGGUGGAGGAAAGGAGUCAGCACUUCCUGUCGACGCUGGUAUCGCUUCGUGCUGCCGUGGACGACGAGGCCGAGAGGUCCGCCAACUGGGCCGCGCAGUUCAAACAUGACCUGGCAAAUGUGCAGCUGGCUUUGCAGGAGCUGCAAAGCCAACAGCUUUCAACAGUAAUGCGGCUUGAGAGCACUGUGAACAGCUUGGUGCACGAGCAGAACGAACGGGAGCUGCUGGAGCAGGCGCUGACACAGCAGGACAACAGGAUCCGGGCAAUCAGUAGACUGGAGGAGGUGGUUCAAUAUAUAAAGCAGAUAGUGGAAGAAGAGAGGGAACGGAAUGCAGAAAGCAGGGCAGCGUUGGAAGCUGAGCUGAUGGAGGCUCGGCGGUCUUCCGAGCAACUCGCCAACUUGGCCGCUUUGAGAAUGCAACUUCAAAAUGAUGCGGCGAACGACAGACCGGCUUUAGACAGAGUGGCGAUAUUAGAAGUGGCGACAGCAGACGUGAGGGCCGAAGCUGCAGAACAUUCAGCAAGGAUGGACAACAUCUCAAGGGAUCUCCGCGCGUUGAUCAAGUCGUACCACAAGAUCAGGAGCGAGAUUGUGGACUACCAAGCAAGGAUCAACUUCAGUAACCCUGACCUGGGGAGUGAUAAUGGUCACUUUAUUUGGAGGAUAGACAAUUUUAUAGCCAGGAUGAAAGAUGCCAAAGAAAAGGACUCGGUGCUGACCAGCCCGCACUUCCGCACCAGCAAAUACGGAUACACCCUUAAAGCAGAAGUUAAUCUUAAUGGCAUUGGAAAAUGGAAGGGUCGCCACAUCACCUGCACAGUUCGUUUGGUCGCCGGGCCCUAUGACCCCUUGCUGGAGUGGCCCUGCGAUAUCAACAUCAAUAUAGUGCUGAGGGAUCAGCCUGCUAAUCGAAGUCAGGCAAUGGAUAUUGUGAAAUCGCUACAACUGCGCCGCAAGUCGUCGUCCAAGCGUCACGACUACGACGAAGCAAGCGACGAGAAAACUAAGUCCACGGAGAACCUGGACAUGAACGUCAUACAGAUGAAGAAACAGUACAUCUUCAUACCGCACACCAGUUUGGACAAGUUCGAGUAUAUUAAGAACGAUGUCAUGUUCUUGGAGUUUAUUGUUAAUCCAUGA